AUGGCACCGAGUCGCAGAAAAGGUGCCAGCAAAGCAGCCGCCGCCGCCGCUGCUUGCCGGCAGUGGAAGAUAGGCGAUCUCGUCCUCGCCAAGAUCAAGGGAUUUCCGGCGUGGCCCGCAAUGGUGAGUGAGCCGGAGAAGUGGGGUUACUCAGCUGAUUGGAAGAAAGUAUUUGUCUACUUCUUUGGCACCCAACAAAUGUUUUACAAAUUUGAUGUAACAGAAACUAAGGAGUGA